AGGGGGAGCGAGUGCCACAUAAUUGCGAAGGACGGUGUGUAAUGUCGUAUUCCGUAUUAACAGCAGCAGCAGCAGCGAGAAUCUUGUAAAUGUCGGGCAAAAUUAAUUCGAGAAAUUCUGGCAAUGUGGCGAAUAUUACAAGCCAGACGGUGAACGAGAAGAUCCUCAAAGAAUGCCACAACUUAUAUACGCAGCCUGAGAAUGGGUUGGUGAAGAUAGCCGAGCAGCAGCUCAACUUGCCAUUAUUGGCACCGCGGAAGAAAAUCAGCAUUCUUUUAAUUGGCAACCAUUCAGCUGGAAAAAGUUCUUUCAUCAACUGGUAUGUCGAGGAACAUAUCCAACGAACUGGAGUUGCUAUUGAAACUCAGGGAUUUACAUUUGUAACGAGCGGACGCAAACGGGAAACUCUCACUGGUAAUGCUACUCUCCACCUCUAUCCCCAUUUUGAACCCCUGCGCAAAAUACAUGGAGUCACUGACUACCUUACCACUGAGGUGUCGACAUCGAAGCAGAAGAAGUUCCCACUGGUCACAUUCAUUGACUCCCCUGGCCUCGUUGAUGGGGACAUGAAGUAUCCGUUUGAUGUCAACAAGGCUAUUCUCUGGCUUGGUGACCUGGCUGACCUCAUCUUUGUGUUCUUCGACCCCAUCGGUCAAGCGUUGUGUAAACGGACAUUGAACAUUGUCGAGAAGCUGAGUGAGAAACAGGCUGACCGGAUGCGAUUCUACUUGACCAAGGCUGACGAGUCCGGACACGAGAAUGACCGACAGCGAGUCAUGAUGCAAAUUGUCCAAGAAUUAUGUAAAAGACCAGGCUUGAACAGAACUGGCUUCGAUAUGCCAACCAUUUUUGUACCAUCCUUGUGUGCACGAACGAACAGGUGUGUGAACCAAAUAGAAGAAGUGUGCAAAGACAUAGAGAAAACGAUCAACUUAACCGUCCAAAACACAUUAAAUACGCUGGAGAAAGACUGCCACGACAUCGCCAGCAUGAUCGAGAACAAACUGGUGGAUGACAUAAAUUCCAGGAAAUACAACCGCAAAGCAAUAUUCCACCAAAUAAUUCUGGUCCUCUUCAGUUUUGCGCUUCCCAUGUUCCUGCUUCUGAUGUCAAACUUAAGUGAACCCCUUUUCUCCUUGGCAGGCAGCUCCCUAAAGGAAACCCUCAUUUCUUACACUAUUCCCUUAAGAACCUUCUGGAAUAUAUUCACAGAGGAUUUCCGGUUCUACAUUUCCAUUGGGACCAUCGUUCUAUCCUUGCUCUUCCUCAUCACAGCGAGGUUUAGUUUCAGGAAAAGGACCUGUUUAAGUCGUAAACAGAAGUACGUCCUCCAAGAGUACCAAGACUUUGUCAAAUCCUCAGUCAAGAAGAAGCAAAAACUUUACCAAGAAUACCUGAAACAAAGCAUAGGAGACCACGAUUUGUAAAACGGGAG